ACUUUGACCCAACAUGGCGGCAUAACCGGGCAAGAACAGGCUUUUCUUGUUCCUCUUCUCAUGUAACUUCUCGGCCCCAUUUCGAGUGGAAUUUUCUCCGGUGUCUGUUGAGCGAAGAGUAUCAGGAGUCAGGUGUGGUUUCCCUCACAGCUACCCUGUGAUUUAAGGAGUUAUGGCGACUGGUACGGAGAAAGUUCUGGCCGUGUUCGACUUCGACCGCACCAUCAUAGACUGUAACAGUGAUGACUGGGUAGCGAAUAGUCUCUGCCCUGGAGGAGAACCACCUAAAGAGCUCUGGCAGAGAUAUCGCAGCGGGCUCUUCAUGGAGGCACUUGAGGACCUCCUGCAGAUUCUUCACGACAAUGGCGUUUCCUCCCAAGACAUCCUUGACGUCAUGACGACAGCUCCUUACACCGCUGGGAUGAAAGACGUCUUGAAGUUCCUUGGCGGGAAUCGUGACGCGUUCGAUUGCAUCGUGAUGUCAGGAACGAACGAACUCUUCCUGGAAGCUGCUUUAAAAGCAGACGGGGUGGACAGAUCGGUCAUUGACAAGGUUUACACCAACUAUGGUCAUAUUGAUGAUAAAGGGAGGAUGCACGUGAAAUCCUACCACGACCGACUCUGUACUUGCUCUGUAGAUAUAUGCAAGGGCGUUCUGCUGCCUGAAUAUGUAAAAGAACAAGCACAGGAAGGCGUGACGUACACAAAAGUUGUGUACGUGGGUGAUGGCGUCAACGAUUUAUGCCCCUGUAAAGGCCUUGGACCGUCCGAUGUAGUGAUGCCCAGAAAGGGAUAUAAACUCAUAGAGAAGAUAGAAGAACUAACUCCUGAGAACAAGCUCAAGGCAGAAAUUAUUCCGUGGGAACACGGCUCAGAAGUCUUGGCCGUUCUUGAAGGUUUUCUGUAACCUUAUACAAAUGUAUUAUAUAUAGUCAGUGUCGUGGGAAAUUCUAGGUGCUUUUAGUUUCUCUGUGCAUCUGUCAUAGUUAUUAUUUGUUGACUGUUUAACAACUUCUCAGUGUGUGUUUUAGGUAGGAAUGUAUGAAGGGGAGUGGCAAUGUUUUUGUGUUCAUUAAAGACUUUAAAGGGUCUAUUGCUUAUCAUUA